AUGACACGCAGCGUACUGGACUACCUUGAUCCCGUAACAGAAUCAUUGACUUCUGCACCAUUUAUCAAAUCUUCGCAACGACCCAAAAGAUCGUGUGCCACAGAGUAUACACAAAUCGAUGAAGAAAGCACGAAAGUGAGUUUAAAGGAAAUUAGUUAG